UUCGAUUCGUAAGCUCAACGGUUAGCAAUGUUUCGUUUCACGUUUGUUCUGAUCUGCCUAGCAGUAGGUGUAGUCACCGCUGUGCAAACACCCGAUAAGCGUAUAGUCGGAGGAAUUCCAGCCGAAUCCGGAGAAGCACCAUGGAUGGUUUCGAUGCGCAAUUCUUUCAACAUUCACUUCUGCGGAGGAACCUUGUUGAACAGCCGGUUCGUGCUGACGACAGCCACCUGCAUGGAGGGCCGAUUGUCCAGCACUACCAUGGCCGUGGUGGGAUCCAGAUUUCUCAACACCGUUGCCGCUCCCUAUUUUGGUCUGCAAACAAUUAAUCACCCCCAGUUCAACCAGAAUACGCUGGAAUUCAACGUUGCCGUGUUCCAAACGAUUCAAAAUAUUGUUUUCACUAAUAUUGUGCAACCGAUUCAGCUGGAUCCGUCCGUCAUUAUGGCUGGAUCGCGUGGCCGUAUGUUCGGAUGGGGUCACACCGAAGAGGGUGGAAGCAACUCGAAUGCCCUGAACUUUGUCAACUUGAAUGUGAUCGAUAACGAUAAUUGUCGAGGAUUCCUAGGUGCCGAUGGAAUGCGAGUGGGAGCUUCUUCGCUGUGCACGUUGAACCGCGAGGGACAAGGACUAUGUACCAAUGACGCUGGUGGUGCUCUAACACUGGACAACAUGGCCAUCGCCGUCGCAUCCUGGAAGCUACCGUGUGCAACUGGUCGUCCGGACGUCUUUGUUCGCAUUUCGGCCAUUCGCGAUUGGGUUGUCAGCAUUAUCUAAGCAACGGGGACGAUUGACGAUAACAUAGGUCAGUGAUAAAACUGUAGGUUCAUAGAUAACAAAUAAAUUUCGGAUUGAAACAAA